GAACAUUCGAGACGCCACUUCAGCAGUGACGUCCACGCUCUGGAUGCACAGGUUGCACUUGAGACGACUGACGUUCCUGACACAACCAUCGGUUUCGAAGCAUUUCCACCGUGUCACACUGCACCUCCACUGGCAUCGGCCCCAGAAUCGUGAGCGUCAUGGAACCCGAACUUCGGGCGCAUGUGAACCUGCCGGUGGUGCUGGUCAACCGCGAGGGCCUGUACGUGAUCAUCGCCGUGCUGGUCGUCUCCAACCUGGGACGCGCCUGCGUCCUCACGUACUCGUUCACCAACUACAGCAGGCUGAAGCGGUACGCCGAGGAGGUACGAAACUACAUCGCGGCGUCCUCCGGCGGCGCCAAGGUGGCCCCUGACCAGAAGAGCGGCGCUUUCAUUCGGCAGCCUUCUGAAGCUGGUCGUUCUAGAAUAAGCGACACACUCUCGUCGACUGUUCUGCUUGAUGCGGGGAACGAGAUCAGCAUAGACCUGGAAAGGCUGCGCGCAGCAGGCGGGAACAAACGCGCCGUUUCCUAUCUGGGCAGAAGCGACAACGACCUGGAGUUCACCGUACACGAGGCGUCUGGCACAGCGAUGGGACCGCUUCAGAUCCGCGGCAGAAACGGCGACGCACCAGCUGAAGUGGCCACGGCAAGGACGGUGGGCGUCGCGGUGGUCUACUCCAUCAUGGCAGGCAACGUCAGGAAGCGCGCAAAGCCGAGCAAUUUCGCCGAAGCUAAGUGAGCAAGGCAGGCGAACAAGCCCCGGAUGACGUGCCAGGGCGUUGCCAUUGUAGACAGGAAAUGCAGGAUAUACAAAGAUAGACAAUUCGCAUAUUGUAAAUGACAUAAUCGGAGAUAUGGCUUAAGGCGGCAAACCUUUCUGAUUGCCUUUUCUGGGUAUGGCCGCGCGCAUAAUUGAAUAAA